CAAGUAAAACUGGGGUUUUAUUUUUCUGUGUAAUUUUCCUUUUUUUAAUUUGUUAGCAAUGAGUAUCGGUGAUUUGAAAACGCCAAAAGGUGUCAAAGACCUUAAUUCUUAUUUGGAAGAUAAAAGUUACAUAUCCGGUUACGAGCCUUCGCAAGAUGAUGUCAAAGCGUUUGAUUCGAUGGGAAAAGCUCCAGGAUCCGAUACUCCAAAUGCUUUAAGGUGGUAUAAUCACAUAAAAUCAUUUAAUAACGAUGAAAGGAAAAAAUUUCCAGCUGGAACUGGUUUUAAAACAACCAGCGUAAACAACGUCAGUAAUGGUAAAGGAGAUGAUGAUGAUGAUGUUGAUUUAUUUGCUUCAGACGAAGAAGAAGAUAAAGAAGCGGAAAAAAUUAGAGAGGAAAGAUUAAAAGCAUACAAUGAGAAAAAAUCUAAAAAAGCAGCAGUCAUAGCAAAAUCUAGCAUCAUAUUAGAUGUUAAACCGUGGGAUGAUGAAACUGAUAUGAAAUUAAUGGAGAAAAAUGUUAGAACAAUCGAAAUGGAUGGUUUGGUUUGGGGUGCAUCUAAAUUAGUGCCUGUCGGUUAUGGAAUUCACAAGUUACAAAUUAUGUGCGUUGUUGAAGAUGAAAAAGUUUCAGUUGAUGUACUCGUCGAAGAAAUUGAAAAAUUUGAAGACUAUGUACAAUCUGUCGAUAUUGCUGCCUUUAAUAAAAUUUAAAUAAUUUUAUUUAAUAUAAAAUUUUUUCUUUUU